CAGUUGUUUAAAUGACUGCCUUUAUUUCCUUUUAAUUUUACAGAUGCGGACGUUUACCCCAGCGCUGUUGGCUGCCUUCAUGCUGCUAACUAUGGUGAAAAGCUCUGGUGUGUUUGAAGUUCGACUGACGUCAUUAUCCAACGACAAAGGCAUGACGUCACAGGGAGAGUGCUGCCAAUCAGACGGCGAGGGGCGGCGCUCGUGCCGGGAACAGUGUCGGACAUUUGUCACCAUCUGCUUGAUGCACUACCAGAACAAAAUUGUCCGGUCAUACCCGUCUUGUACGUUCGGUCAGUUUGCCACCCCACUCUUAGGGGGCAACAAUAUUGACCUGAGGGAGGAAACCGGUGACGGGCCGUACAGCGUUAAGUUACCAUUCACAUUCUCCUGGCCGAAAUCCUUCACACUUAUCAUAGAGGUGUGGCACGACGAAUAUGGGAACCAGUCAAUAGCAGAAGAGAAGCGUAUCUUGGAGGUGACCAAGACGGGAUCUGCUGGGCCAUCCAAAGCGUGGAAGAUCGGACAACAGGGGAACUAUCAUGCCGAGUUAACAUUCGCCUACCGUGUGGUUUGUGAUCAAAAUUACUACGGGGACGGUUGUGAUCGCCUGUGCAAGGCAAGAGAUGACCGCUUUGGUCAUUACGUGUGUAGCCAUAAUGGCACCAAGCUCUGCCUAAAAGGAUGGACCGGAAUGUUCUGUGAACAAGCCGUGUGUCACGAGCGCUGUAACUUGUCUCACAGUUUCUGUGACAGUCCCGCCUUGUGCAGGUGUCGCCUGGGCUGGCAGGGCGAGUACUGCGAACAGUGUGUGAAGAGCCCGGAUUGUCACCAUGGAUUCUGUUACGAGCCAUGGCAGUGUGUGUGUCACCAGGGAUGGACAGGCAUCAACUGUGACAUCGAUGCCCGGUUUUGUGAGAAACGUCGACCGUGUAAGAACGGAGGCACGUGUCGGCUUGACUGGACUAGCAACUACACGUGUGAGUGCCCACGUGGUUUUGGUGGGAAGGAUUGUCAGCUAGUCACGUGUUCCGACGAUAUCUGUCUUAAUGGCGGUUCCUGUGUGGAAAAAGCCUCUUUCAUACAGUGUGGGUGUCGGGAAGGCUUCUACGGGGAGCGGUGCGAACACGUGCGUUUAUCGUGUGAUGACUUAGUGUGCCAGAAUAAUGGGACCUGCACAGUGGACGAUUCCGGUCGGCGGUGUUUGUGUCCGGAUAUCCGCCAUUUUGAAGAAACCAUUUAG